AUGGUCCUUCCCAUAAUUGAUUAUGGGACUGUCCCAUCCACCAUGGUCCUUCUCAUAAUUGAUUACGGGGCUGUCCCAUCCCCUGUGGUCCUUCCCAAGAUUGAUUAUGGGACUGUCCUAUCCUCCCUAGUCCUUCCCAUGAUUAAUUAUGGGGCUUUCCAAUCCUCUGUGGUCCUUCCCAAGAUUGAUUACAGGACUGUCCCAUCCUUCAUGGUCCUUCCCAUAAUUGGUUAUGGGGCUGUCCCAUCCUCCGUGGUCCUUUCUAUAAUUGAUUAUGGGACUUUCCCAUCCACCAUGGUCCUUCCCAUAAUUGAUUAUGAGGCUGUCCAUCCACUGUGGUCCUUCUCAAGAUUGAUUAUGGACUUUCCCAUCCUCCGUGGUCCUUCCCAAGAUUUAUUACAGGCCUUUGCCAUUCUCCUUCCAAAAUUCUUGUAUAUAGCAACCAUGCCUAUCCACCACAAUGCUUCUUCCAAAUCCUUUGUCUAUGUCAAUCCCAAUCUGAAAUCUAUAUGUCUUCAUCAUAUUCCAUUCUGUGGGAUUUGGACAGGAGACAGGAGAUGGAAACAGCAUCAUUGGUUUGAAUAUUGA